GUGGAAAAAGCUGAGAGGGGAAGAGAGAGAGAGGCGAGAGAGAUCCAUGGAGCGCUCGCUCCUCGCCGCCGUCCUCCUCGGCGUGCUCGCCGUCGCCUUCCCCGGCGCCGCGGCCGCGGUCGGGACCCAGCCGGGAGCCAUGGCGAAGGCGUCCCGCGAGCCCUCCCCCCACGUCUCCCUAUCCUGCGCGCCCCUCUUCCUUUGCAGUUGCAGGUCGUGCUGCAGCAGACACCGCCAUCAGCGUCGGGCAGCUCUCAGGCCGCCGCAUGCUCCCUGCUGCACGAGAGGCGCCGUCCACCGGGAAGCCGCCUCCACAGCUCAGCGGUGCGGACGGUAUCGCCAGGGAUCGCCUUGCCGCUGUCUCCGGAGGUCCCGAGAUACUCACAAGGUCCACUGUCACGAGGAGUCUGUCGCCGUCGCUGCCAGCGACACCUCGCCACGAGCUCUCAGGACGCGUCGCACCAGCGCUGACACCGGCGAGAGGGUACGCAAGCCGACCAGCUGCCGCUCGUCGCUUCCUCGGGGAGGAGGUUUGCGAUGCACCACAGCUAGCGGCAGAGGUCGUCGGGGCAUGCAUGGAGAAUGUCCCAGACCGACCUUGCUGCCGUGCCAUCGCAGCCGUGGUUGACUUUGGAUGUUUCUGUCCGGUGGCAGAGUCCUCCGUCAUAUUUUCAAACGGUAUAACUCCUCCUGUGAUUCUGACCUUAUAUGUGGAGUGCCGCGGCACCAAGAACGUAUCUACCCUGGAUCACUGUCUCGAAGCAUCUCCUCCACCGCCACCGUCACCGCCACCGUCUCCUACGCCGCCUCCUCCACCUACGACGCCUCCUCCAUCCAGAUCUGAUACCCGAUGACUAAGCAAUGCCAACCUCACGGCAAUUAUCAUCGUGGUUGUAUUCUGUUUUGUUGGUAUCAUCAUUGUACUCACGUGGUGGGUUAAGAGGACUGAUUUUACUCAUAUGACGAGAGUUGAGAUGAGUUCACUCCCGUCUCUGCCACCACCACCGCUACCGCCCGUUGCCGAGGAUGGAGAUGAGGAGGAUGCGAUGCUUUUGAUGCAUCGUGUGCGUUCAGCAUUAGCCCGGCAGCAGCGCCAGCUAGUUAGCCGUUAGUAUGUGUUUGUUGUCACUGAACAGUAAUGGUUACUAGUCUGGUGCCUUGACUAUGUCCAUCUUUCAUGGAUUUUUAUCUAAAGACAUCGGAUCA